CUAUGAAUACAUUUGACUUUAUUUUUGUUUAACAAUUAGUUGCAAACGUUUAACACAUUUAUUGAUUGCAAUCUCAUUGUUGACGAAACACUAAUCGUUUGAUUCAUUAAAUUAAAUAUAUUUAAUAUAUAUUGAAAUMAAAUUAAUUUUAUUUUUCAACGACUAUUUGAUUCAUUUAAAUGACGAGAAAAGGACCAAAGAGAGGAAAUCAAAGCAAAGAGAUGGAAGCGACGGAUAAGUUUAUGGAUCAAUUUGAUCAUACAAUUGAAAUUAUCUUUGCUGAAGACAAGAAGCAAAUGUCUCAGGAAGAGUACAUGAGAUGCUAUAGUCUGAUCCACGAUCGAUGCACAUCUCAAAGAGGAAGUGAUCUACCAAAUGGUCGAUCGGCUAAUAUUAAAGAAUUGAUUUAUAAACGAAUCCAAGAAUUCUUUAACAAACAUAUUGAAGGACUCAGAAAGAAAUGCAAUGAAUACCCAAAUGAAGAACAACUUCUUGCGUUUUAUACUAAACAAUGGACUGACUAUAAGUUCUCGAGUAAAGUCCUGAACGGUGUUUGCAGUUAUAUUAAUCGUUUUUAUUGUAAUUCAAACACUGACCGACAGAUCCCAGAGAUUCAAGUCUUAGCCAAACUUGAGUGGAGAAACAGUUUGCUUCACGAUUUCGGUGUCAAAGUGUCUCAAUGUGUUCUCAGACUCAUUGAAAAAGACAGAAAUGGAGAAUAUAUUAACACUAGUCUUGUCAGUGGAGUUGUCGACUGUUUUGUCGAGUUAAGUCAAAUCGGUCGAGAAGUAGACGAAGAGACGGCUAAAGUGUUUGAAGAGUCUUUCCAGAAGCCAUUCAUCGAACAGACGGAAGUGUUUUACACUAAUGAAAGUGAAGCCUUCUUAGAGAAGAAUUCAUUCACUGAUUACAUGAAUAAGUGUACGAUUCGUUUAGAAGAAGAAAGAAAUCGAGUGAAGAGAUAUCUUAACGAAAGUCUUAUGCAACCACUCAUUGAAACGGUUGAAAGAGCUUUAAUUGUCAAACAAAUUGAAAGAUUUAGUGAAGAAUUCAAGAAAUUGCUUAAUGGAGAUAAUAUCACUCAAUUGGCGACACUCUAUAAGCUGGUCAUUCGUGUUAAGACAGCUGUCGAUCAAUUGUGCAAUUUUUUUCUGAAGCACAUCACUAAAGAAGGUCUCGAAGAGAUUGAAAAACAAGUGACAGUUGCUUCUGAAGAUCCGGAAACCUAUUUCAACAUUAUUUGGAAAGUCUAUAACAAAUAUCGAAAUUUGUUGAAAGAAUCGCUAAGUGAUGACAACGGGUUUUUUAAAGCAUUAGAUUCCGCUUCAAUAAACUUUGUUAACUCUAACAAAGUAACAGAACUGUCUGCCAUUAAAUCAAAGAAGACUCCGGAAUUGAUAGCCAAAUAUUGUGAUCAUCUUCUACGAACUAAAGCCAAAACUGUGGAUCAAUUAGAACUUGAGGUUCUUUCGAGUCAAGCGAUCACAAUAUUUAGGUUUAUCACCGAUAAGGAUGUCUUCAAUAACUUUUAUCUUAAGUUAAUGACACAACGUCUUCUUCAAGACACUGUAGAUAAUGACGCUGAGUCUAGCAUUUUGAGUAAACUAAAGGAAACCUGUGGUGUGGAGUAUACAAACAAAUUGCAGCGUAUCUUUCAAGAUGUUAAUCUCAGCACUGAAUUGAACGAACAGUUYAAAAAUGCAGUUCAAUUGCCAAUUGAUUUUACAGUGAAAGUGAUAAGUAUGAGUGCCUCACCAUUUGCUCACAUCAAAACAGAUUUUCAGAUUCCUCAUGAAUUAGAAACCGGUGUUAAUAGUUAUACAGCAUUUUAUAUAAACAAACAUCAGGGACGCAAACUUACGUGGGUUUAUGCAAAGUCUAAGGGAGAGAUACAAUACCGUACUCCUGAUAAUAGAGUCUACACUUUUACGGCAAGUGUAUUCCAGAUAUCGAUUAUGUUGUUAUAUAACAGAUACAGUCAAAUGUCAGUUCAGGAAUUACAGACAAAUACCGACAUUAAAAUGGAAUAUUUGAUUCAAAUCUUGAAUAUAUUCCUUAAGAUAAAACUCUUACUCUGUGAUGAUCUUCAAGCCGGUGGUGCCGUAUUGCCUACACAUCUCAUCAAAUUAAAUGAGAAAUAUCGCAACAAAAAGCUAAGGAUUAAUAUCAAUGUCCCGAUAAAAGUCGAGACUAAAGAGGACGAUGAAAGAACUCAUCGCCAGAUUGAUGAGCGACGCAAAUACGUGAUUGAGGCUGCAAUCGUACGCAUAAUGAAGACUCGGAAAAAUUUGAAAUAUCAAGAACUGAUCGGUCAAGUUCUCAAUCAAAUCGGCGCCCGAUUUAUUCCAACGGUUCCAAUGAUUAAGAAAGGAAUCGAUGAACUUAUUAAUAGAGAAUAUUUGGAAAGAAAUAAAGACGAUAAGGAUUCUCUUAACUAUUUGGCGUAAAGAAUAUUAAAUUAAUUAUUAAAAAUUUUUUUAUUAUCAAAAUCUAUUUAGUAAACCA